AAGUGAAGAAAGGAAUGCGAUAAUGUUUAUGUUGUGAAGAUCUGUGACAGAAUGAAUCAUCCAAAAUGUAGAGUUAUUGCAGUUUUUUAUGUUUCAAGAAUUUUGAAGUGUUGACUCUAAGGAGCACCAGAUAUCUGCUUUACUUCUUUGCACUCAGAAGGAUGAUACAUCAUUUUUCCCGACGUAGAAAUGGAAUGUGAAAGUCCACUGCCUGGACCGUCUAGUGCGGUUUCUCCAACUUCUUGUGCAGCAAGUGUAGCUAGUUUAGGAAGUACGGGAAGUGCAAAUGACCUAGCUGCCAAAAAAGCAGAAAUGGUGGCGACACUACAAGCAAGACGAGCUCAGCUUGAAGCCAAAUUAGCUGCUAAAAAUGAAGAGCUUAAAAUGCUUUGCAUUCAAGAGGCGGAACUCACUGGUGUUCUGCCACCUGAAAUACCUUUGGAACCAGGCGAAACUCCACCAACAUUACGAAGAAGAGUUGGCACCUCAUUCACACUUCCUGAGAGUUUGUUAAACAAAUUGCGAUCAACUGAAGAGGAGUCUGUGCCAGCUGUGGAAUUGGAAAUAAAAAUCCAGACUGGCAUUGCUGAAGCAGCUCUUGGGCUUGCCAAUGACACUGCAGCUAAUAAACAUGUCCGCAGGAAACACAGACUCAUGUACCAGCAGAGUCAGAGAAGAUUACAAGAUUUAGAAACAAAGUUGAUAGGUUUACGAGAAAAACAAGAAGCUCUAGAUGCUCAAAAUGAAGCUCUUUCAUGUGCUCAACCACAGCAGCCAACUCAACAGCAACACAUGCAAUAUCACCAACAAUUGCAACAACAACAACAGAAUCAAUUAAAACACAGGAAGAAGCCCCGCCCACCUGUUGAUAAUGAUUCAGAUGUGGCAGAAGUUGAUGGUAGUAUGCUCCAUGCUGGUGGCAUCAGUUUGUCUCCCUUGGGGCAAAUGGAUCGUGACAUAAGGGAGGGGCGUCUAAGUUCAGCAUUAACAGCGAGCACUAAUACUGUAGGUUUGCCAUUGCAGCCUGCCACAACUCACAGGCACAGCAGCUACCGGUACUCAACAAUUGAUUCAUCGUGGAACAUGGAGCCAGAUCGCCUUAGUAGGAGAGAAACUGUUCAAACCGGAGCUGGAUCAUCCAACUAUUGGAAUGCAUCCGCGUCCAGACAAGAAAUACCUAGUCCUGGCAGUUCCCGAUACUCAAGUUCUCGUUAUCCGUCUGGAAUACCAGUAGAAAUGGAUGAAAGUUUGAGACCAGCAAAUCAGAGAUGGAAAAGAGAUAGAUCCAUGAUGGGUAUGUCAAGGUUUGGUAGCUUGGACCGAAGAAGGGCUGGUGCAGCAAAUGUCACGGCAAACUCUACUAGCUCAACUGUAAGCAACAUAGACGAAGCAGAAGCAGGUGUACCUGCCCUUUUACCCAGUCAGACUUAUCCAGAACAUAGUUUAGGACAUAGCCUAGUUAGAACACAAUCUCUAGGCAGUGUAGAAGCUACACGUCCUAGAAACUUGCAAUCUGAUCGAGAUGCCUCAAGAGACGGGUCCCAAACUAUUGAUCGCAAACCAAAGGAAAAAGAAUGGUACGAAACAUCACUAGAUGUUGCCCCUGUGUUGUCCCCUCAAGGAUCUCAAGGAGAACCACAGAGUCAACACAGUCAUCCUCCCUUGCAGGCUUCUCUUUCCCAUCCUCCUCCUCAUCCUCAUAUGUAUCAGUCUCAUCCUCAGCUCCACCACGCACCUCACCAGUCACCUCCUCUACCUCUCCCCUUAUCUCAGUCCCAUUCGCACUCCCACUUGGCUCAAGUAGCAACACCCGUUUCUGUGCAUAUUCCCAACCACCACAGUCAGCACUCCCACAGUCAGAACCACCCUUCUUUUGCAUCGUCCAUUCCCCAAUCACAAUCACACCCUCAACUCCAUAUGCAAGGAUCUAUGCCACACAAUCCUCCUCAACUACCUCCUCACCCACAGUUACACCCAAAGCUCAGUUCAACACAGUCAGUCUCUCAUUUAACAGUGCACAUACCUCCACCAAAGCCUCAUCUACCUCCCCCUCCCUCACAUCAAUACCCACAAUCUCAACCCCCUGCCAUUCCCCCUCAUGCAGCCCCUCCUUCUGCUGCUCCUCCGCUGCCCCCUCAUCCCUCAUCACAUUCCCCGGCCCAUGCUCAGUCUCACCCACCACCUCUGCCUCCGUCACACUCCUCCAUGCAUCACUCGCCCCAACUCCCUCCUCAGAUCCCGCCUCACACCCCUGUCCCUGGGCACAUGACAUCACACCCGUCACAUGCUUCCUUACACUCGAUCCAUACCGCACAGCAAAUCACUCCCCGGAAUAUCCCUCCAGAAGUGCCCCCUCAUGUUCCAUCGCAUGCACAAUCCCAUCAUGCAUCACAUGCUCACCCUCCUCCGCCUCCACCACCCCAAUCCAGUGCUUCCUCUCAUCCUCCUUUGUCUCCGAAGUCUGAUGACGGCCCUCUUUCUCCGCCACAUGUGCCUCUAGAGUCACCUAAGAACCACAUGGUGGUGCAGGCUGGAUCAUGGCAACCAUAUCGUGAGGUUACAAAACCAUUUGAGAUGUCUGACUUUUACAAGUACAGUACAAAGUUUCGCAAACAGAUGCAUCCCCCGCCCCCUCCUCCCCCUCCUCCGACAAGUUCGUCUGUAACUUUGUCACCGGACGGAGCUCCUCAAUCUCCCCAAUCCCCUCAGCAGCAGAAAGGUGUUUACACGCCUUUGCAACCGCUAACUUGUCAACCCUUGGAGCCACAAUGUAGCAUGCGCCCCCCUGGUGCAGAUUCAAGCUUUGGCAGUCCUGCUGCCAAUUCUGAAUCCCUAGCUGAUGCAUUCUCCAAUGAAAUGCUGGCCUGGUUUCAAGAUCAAAGAGCACCGCCAGCUCCAACCCCAGCAACCCCAGCAUCAGGACCUCCACAACGCUCAGCAACACUAGUAUAAUAUACAUAAUAGGUUUAUUAUGUGACAUUAAGUUUUAAAUGCAACCAGUUACCUGCCUCAUUCUGUCUCUGUAUUUAUUCAUUUUCAUGAUCGCAUUUCUUCAAGUUCUUGAAAAAUUUUCCAUGAAGUUUUUGUAGGGAUGAAGCAAUUUGAACUGGUUGGAUUUUUUACUUGGCUGUGUACCUCUUUUAAUUUUAGAAGAAAAUGUAUGGAGGGUAGAUAUUUAAAUGUCAGUGAAAAAUGAAUUCUUAUCACAGAGUGCUCUUAGAAACAAUAUCAAUACUCAAGAUUUGACUUUUGUUUUGCAUAUUUCUGUGGCAAGUCCAUACAGAUAUAUAUUACUCAUUAAGUUGACAUUCAAAUUUUAUAUUUGGGACCAAUGCUCCUACAACUUGGGCAAACCAAUAUUAUGAACCGCUCUCUAGUUAGUAUCUCUCAUUAUUCUCAUGAGAUUUGAUCUGACAGAGAGACUUUUAUUUACCAUUGAUAUUUAGAUACAUGAUUGAUUGAUGAUUUAAUUUGGAUUGUUUCAUCAUAAAUUUGUUGUUCUUUAAAGUGUAAAUUUGUUUUUCUUUAAAAUGUGUCGUUUUAUUUUAUAAUACCACAAAGUGCAAUUAAAGUGAUGUUACUCUAGGUAAUUUUUAAAAGACAAAACUGGAGUCUUUUUCAAUUGUAAUUUUAAUUGGUGUAAUCGUAAUUAUGACAUUGUUAUUCCUGUAAAUGUCUUUUGAACAGUCUGGUCUCCAACAGAUCUCUCAACUCUAACUUAUUUUUUAAAAAGUACUCAUCUAUGACAAUAAAUUGCAUGUUACAUGUUGUAUGUUGUAAGACUUUGAUUAGACUUCUGGUUAUUCUAAUUUUGUUUUUGCCCCCCAUCAAAGACUGCUAAGAACUUCCUUCUACAAUUAAGUAUGUCUGUAUUAACCCUGUAUAGUGCCUUAUUUUAUAACUGUACUUUGUACUAUAUAUUUAUGUAAAAAUGUUCUCUCUCUUGAGAGAGUAUUUUAUAUUUCUGAGGCUUUAGAUAUUUUCAGUAUGAUUUACAUUAUGAAGUGUAGGGUAAAAUUGAGAACCAAUGAAAUCUUAUCUACUACAACUUGUGCCUUGAUUCGUGUUAUUGUCACUGGUCUUCUUGAGCACUGGUACAUAUAACUCUCCUCCCCAUUUUUAUCAUAUAAUGAUGGCAUUUAUUGUACAUGGGACCAAUCACAUGUAAAUCUGUGUGCAACUCCUUCUCACUUAAAUAACUUGUGAUAGAGGGUUCUUCUACCCUCGAUAACAAUUUUGUUUUAAUUUUCUCAUGGUGAUGAAUUUGUUGUUAUUAAUGACCAAUGAUUUUUCUUUUAUGUGAGGACUCUUACAUUAACAAAUUGUGUCUUAUCCCAUUAUGUACAGGGCUUAUGUACUUAUCUAUGUAUUUCAUUUUCUAUCGAUUGUUGUAUGGUUCUUUUUGAAUUAACUUAAACCCAUAAAUCAUAUCAAGACAGUUUUUGAGAAAAAUGUGACUAGAACAGUUUUGACCCAUACUCAUAAAGUAAUUUUGUUCCAACCACUUGUGUCACCCUACUGUCUGUCAAGAAUCAUAAAGUGAUUUUGUUCCAACCACUUGUGUCACCCUACUGUCUGUCAGGAAUCAUAAAGUGAUUUUGUUCCAACCACUUGUGUCACCCUACUGUCUGUCAAGAAUAAUUUAAGGCAGUUUUUAGAGUUUGUGACUGUUUAAAGUACAAAGGGUUAAUUUUCAACCCUUAGUCAGGAUAUUAUCUUACUAGCUCCUCUCCCUUGUGUACAUACAUGACUGACCAAAUUCUAUUUCCAACAUUGAGUUACUCAGGAGUUAGUGCACAUGUAGUAAUGUUUUUGUUUGUUUUAUAAAUCAAUAAAACUGGCUGUUGCUGA